AUGACUUUUCCACCUGUAAGAAUUCCAGAAGGCGAGAAUGGGCUCAAAAUAGCACGUGGACCAGCAGUAGACUAUAAAUGUAAUGGCAUGAAGCCUGGUCCAGUUCAUUCGCAAUUUACUUCUGGCGGACUCAUUAACAUCAACUGGAAAAUAGAAACCCCGCUUGAGGGAACAUGUUUUAUCGAACUUUCCCUUACUGGUAAAGAUACUGAAUUUAGUACCAUUGGCACCAUAGAAAAUUGUGCCGAUACAAGUGGCGAUUUUGAAACUAAAGUUCAAUUACCAAGUGACGCUACAUCCGAGCAUGGUACGUUACGAUUCAGAUGGGUACCAAGAUUAUCUGGUGCAACGGUUAUUGAUUGCGCUGAUGUUUCGAUCUCCUCUGACAACACUUCAAGCCAAUCAAAAAGAAAAAGGAACAACAACAAAGCACGUAACCUUAACAAGAGAAAACCAAUUCUAGAAGAUUCAUUUUUUAAACGUGAUUUGGCGUCUGAUUCUGAUAUCGAGAGCCAACAUAAUAGCAAGCGUCAAAUACCUUGUGAGAUUUGUGUAUAA